AUGCGGGUGGUGUUUCUACUAACCUUCACUGCGAAUGGCUGCUGUGCAUUGUUCAGGGCAAUAGAGGCUCUCGUGCUAAUGGGCAAUCCCCUCUUUCAUGGGGCUUCCUCCACACUGCUUGGUAUUUUGUUGCUUGGUUUUAGCGAAUCGUUCGUCUUCACCGUUUUCUUCCGCAUGAUGGUCAUGGUUGUUUUAUUUGGAGCUGCACACGGUAUGGUGUUGCUACCCGUUAUUCUCUCGUGGCUGGGCCCCAUGACAGUCAACCACAAUGCGAGCGAAGUGGAAGAUGGUUGCAGCGGCCUGGAAGAAGAUGGAGACCCAAAGUCAGCAGAGCAAGAGGCGGGUGCACCAACGUCUGCAGGCCCGCCAGAGGAGGGAGGUUUUAAUGAUGCCACGCGAGUGUCUGUGCCUCCCCCUAGUCUUGCACUCAAGCCCUCCAGCUCCAAAUUAGCGGGGAGGGGGGGUCCUUCAUCCACAAACCCCUCGAGUCGCAGCGUUUCGAAUGCGCCUUUGAACUCUCUCCUGACGAUUCCGUCCCACCAACUCUCCUGCAACAGCGCAGCGUUUCGAAUGCGCCUUUGA